CACAGUCUGAAAGAGAUCUCAUGUGGGGUUUAUCAGAGGUGUUGGGUGAAGCUCAGUGGGUUGAAAGCGUAGGGGUGGAGGCAGGAGAUCUCUAUAGGGCGGACACAUAAAACUGGCAGUAGAUCUGGAUGUGUGAUCAGUCGCUGAGGUUCUCUUUGCACUCUUGGACAUCUGUGGAGCUACAGAGAUCUGCUCGUGCGUUAUUGUGAUGGAUAUAAUGUGCUAAUUUCUCCAGGCUUUUGGACUUUGUUGGUGUUUGUAGUGUCUUCUGUUGAAAACUUCGUCUAUUCUCAUCUCCGGGAUAACGUUUGCACCUUUACCAAUGGAAAAAAACCUCAGGAGAGUUCUUCAACAGCCUUUCAGGAACACGUAACCUUUACCUGAAGAACUUGUCCUGGAUCAGCUCUCGACAAACAUGGACUGUUUUCCCAUGCUUUAUUUUCUGUCGAGACAUCAUGAUUCCUGGUAAUCUAAUACUGAUGGUUAUUUUAUUAUGCCAAGUCCUACUGGGAGAGAGCAGCUAUGCUAGUCUAAUACCUGAGGAGGGGAAGAAGAAGGUCUCGUCUCAUCAUCUGGGUCAUGACCUGCUGCUGGACUUUGAAGCCACGCUGCUGCAGAUGUUCGGGUUGCAGAUGCGUCCACGACCCAGUGACUCAGCGGUUGUGCCCCAGUAUCUGCUCGAUCUGUACCGUCUGCAGUCCGGAGAGCUGGAGGACGCUGCGGGUCACGAUGUCAGCUUUGAUUAUCCUGAGAGAUCUACGAGUCGAGCGAACACUGUGAGAGGAUUUCAUCACGAGGAGCACAUGGAGAAGCUCCAGGCAGACGGCUCAUCUGAGACUCCUCUACGUUUCCUUUUCAACCUCAGCAACAUCCCUGAGGAUGAGCUCAUCUCCAGCGCUGAGCUUCGUCUCUACAGGCAACAGAUAGAUGAUGCAAACUCAAAUCUCGAGCACAAUGGAGAUGAAAGUCUCCAUCGAAUAAACAUUUACGAGGUGUUGAAGCCUCCGCAGGCCGGCCAGCUCAUUACGCAGCUCCUGGACACCCGGCUGGUGCGUCACAACGCGUCCGCGUGGGAGAGCUUCGACGUGAGUCCCGCCGUGUCGCGCUGGACCCGCGACAAGGACUCCAACCACGGGCUAGCCGUGGAGGUUCUGCACCUGAACCGGACCCCCCGCCACCAGGGGCGCCACGUGCGCGUGAGUCGGUCCUUGCACCCGGUUCCGGGCGAAGACUGGGACCAGCUACGGCCGCUGUUGGUCACUUUCGGUCACGACGGCAAAAGUCACCCGUUGACGCGUAGAGCGAAGCGCAGCCCCAAGCAAAGAGGCCGAAAGCGCAAUCGCAACUGUCGGCGGCACGCGCUGUACGUCGACUUCAGCGAUGUGGGUUGGAACGACUGGAUCGUGGCGCCGCCCGGGUACCAGGCGUACUACUGCCACGGGGAGUGCCCGUUUCCCCUGGCCGACCACCUGAACUCCACCAAUCAUGCUAUUGUACAGACGCUGGUUAACUCUGUCAACACCAAUAUUCCCAAAGCUUGCUGCGUUCCCACAGAGCUCAGUGCCAUCUCAAUGCUCUACCUGGAUGAAACGGAUAGGGUGGUCCUGAAAAACUAUCAGGAGAUGGUGGUAGAAGGGUGUGGCUGCCGUUAAGCGGACAUAUACGGACGUUUACACCUGAAUGUUCAGACUUGGACACUUAUUUAUAACGUUUAUGUUGAGGUGUUUGUUGUUUGUGUCAUUUUUUGUCUUCUUCUUGACCAUAUGAUCAUAUAUUUUGACAAAAAAUAUCUAUAUAUAUUUAUAUCAACAUAAUAAAACAAAAGUGUUCUUAUUUUAAAUAUGUAAUUCAGCUGUACAGCUUUUCAUAAUGUAUAUCAGACUGUAAUAAGGGUUUUUCUAAAAAAAAAAACGCCACUAAAAUGUUUAUUUACUGCUAGUAUUUAUUUGUUUAAUACAAAAAAGAAAUACAGUACACGCUCUCCCAUCUGACCUGCUAUAUGAUCCAAAGAGCGAGAGCAUUGUUUGUCUACUUAAAAUAGAGCACUGUGUGAAUCUCAAGAGAAUCGAUGUUAAUGUUUUAUCAGUCAAAGAAAUCUGAUACGUGUCACUUUUUCCUCCAACAUUUGAUCACAAAAAACAUCUUCCCAAUAUCAUUUUCAAAUAAAUUGUAAAACAAUUCAACAACAGUGUGAGAUAAUAAUAAUAAAGGUGUUGUGUACAGCUUUAUCAGUGUUUCAUGCAUUACGAUGGCAUCUUACGCAUUUUUUUUAUAUUUAAACAUUUUGGGGCAGUUUCAUGGACAGGGCUUAUCCCAGUCUAAUGUUUGAGCUGCUUUAAUUUAAAAACAUCUUCCAUCUUAAUAUACAUUAGUGCCAUUGCUUUGUCUCAAGAUGCACACCAGUGUUGUUUUUUUUGUAAGGUAUGUUUGUAAAAACUACUUAAAUGUCCUAAAAUAACUAUUGCAUUGUCCUGGAAUAAUCUAAACCCUAUCCAGGAAAGUUGAAGUUUGUCCACUUAAAACACCAUUUGAGACCAUUUUGGGGGGGGGAAUAAGAAAAAAACCUACACUAGUAAACAGCUGUAUGCAAAAUAGUGGUUGUGUUCUGUAUGGUUCAACUAAUGUGAUAUUUACAACAGAUUUCUUUAUAUUUGAGUGAAAAAGAUACAUUUAUAUUGAAAAGUUAUAGUGUAUCUGUAGGUUUACUUUUUAAGUCCUGCCAUCAAAAACAAAUAAAAGAUAUUAGGACUGUGACAUCAUCCUUGCUGUUUUACUCUCAGAUGACUGUAUUACAGUAAAACACUUAUCAAUGAAGUAAACGGUGAAUAAAUAAAUACAGUCGUGAAUCUUGAGGAAAUGUUAAUGUGUGAAUGUACAGCAUCGUGACGUCACGUCAUCUCCAGCAGAGGAAACAGCAGGGAUAAAAAGCUUCACAAUAGAGACGAGACACUGAUGUUAUUGACACGUCUGGAGACGCGGUGACGCGCCGCUCCUCUGUCUCUCGAGUCGCGACGCGUCUGCAGACAGACAGACUGUCAAUCACUCUCAUUUACGGCAGCGGAAGCGCGCGCUUAUCACGCGUUUGUUAAAUCCACACAAAUAAUCUCUGGUGUUGUGUUAAUAAAACACAAACACUGUAAAGGAAACACAACGCGUGUUAUUAUGUGAAAGAAAUACGAAAUACGAUUUAGGGACCAUUUGAUUCUCCGUUUUAAUUUGUCAGCAACCUAUACUGAAAUGAUGUUUAUUAAGAUAUCAAAUAUUUACUACGCUGAUUCUACGUUUUUUUUUUUAUUAAGACUUAAUGUAAAGAGGAAAUAUUGUUAAUGUAAAUGUAUUG